AUGGCCUUCUCAUACGAAGAAAAGAUCACUGUUGGAUGGAUCGCUCCAAUGGCGUUGGAACUCACACCCGCCCUUGCUAUACUGGAGAACCGCAAAAAGGUCUCGAAGAAUGAGACUCUUUACCAUGUAGGGCAAAUCGGCGCCCACUGGGUUGUGAUGACUGUUUGCCCGAGAAUUGGUACCGAUAUAGCUGCUGUGGUCCUCACGCACAUGCGCAUUUUCUUUCCAAAAAUAAAACACGUUCUCAUCGUUGGAAUAGCAGGAGGGAUGCCCGAGUAUGGCCCAGAUAUGAAGCAAAUUGUAUUGGGAGACGUUGUCGUUAGCCGCCCAAGAGGCAAUGAAGGGGGCGUGGCACAUUACAACUUCGGCGCCUGGCAAGGGAAUAACGAGUUCAACCCUAGCGGGCAUACACUCUCUCCGUCUCCUGCUUUGCUCGCUGCGGUGGCUAGCCUCGAAUCCGAACAUAUGACCGACGGUACAGACAUACCGAACAUUCUACGCAACCUGCGACAGCACCUUGGGAAAAAGGAAGCGCCGAAUUUCGAUGAUCCCGGACCUGAACAUGACAUUCUCUUUCCAGACGAUUACCUCCAUCCGGACAUAGAAAAGACCUGCGAUAGAUGUUGUGUAUCUGAACGAGGACGAAGCCGAAGCGAUCGAGGCGAAGACGCCCAGCGGGAAAAAGACUCUCCUCGCAUCCAUUACGGCAUUAUCGGUUCAAGCAACACACUGAUUAUGUCAAGCGAGAAGCGUAAUGAGCUCUAUAAAACCCAUGAAAUUAUUUGCUUUGAAAUGGAAUCUGCUAGUGUGAUGGGGGCCUGGCAGGCUCUGGUGAUCCGCGGAGUCUGCGAUUAUGCGGACUCGCACAAGAACAAGAAAUGGCAGAAAUAUGCUGCAGCUACAGCAGCCUCCUAUGCAAAGGAGCUGUUAUUAACCUUGCCGGCAGAUGAGAAAGUCUCGCAUCUGCCUGAACCCGAACUUGAUCAACAGAUCUUGCAAGAUUGUCUUAGAUCGCUAGCCUUUCCGCAAAUGGACGAUCGAUCCAAUGAUAUUAGUUGGGCCGCUCAGGGGACAUGUGAAUGGCUGCUUCGGCACCACAAGUAUCGGCGCUGGGCGACUGAUGACCGAGGAGGACUACUCUGGAUCAAGGGGAAGCCUGGCUCUGGGAAGUCGACAUUGCUCAAAUAUGCCCUCGGGCAUUGUGAAGUGAAAGCAAGUGACAUUGUUCUUUCAUUCUUCUUCCAUGGCCGCGGUAACGAAUUCCAAAAAACCCCGCUCGGCCUCUAUCGCUCUCUUCUCCAUCAACUCCUUAGCGAGGCCCCCAGCACACUCUCAGACCUCGUUCACGCCUUUGACAAAAACCAGAGACAGAAAGGCACUGUGGGUGAAAAGUGGCAGUGGCAUCAUAACGAACUGCGGACCUUUUUCACGACAUCUCUGCAAAAAGUCCCUGAGAGCCGCUCAGUUUGGUUAUUUGUGGACGCCUUGGACGAGUGUGGUGAAGAGAACGCGGUGAAACUGUUCGAAUGGCUGGAAGAUCUGGUGUCGGUAAGUUCACAGACUCGCAUAUGCGUCGCAUGCCGCCACUAUCCGGUCCUCGACGCGAACUGCGAACUUAAAAUCUGCCCCGAAGAGGAAAAUCAGCAGGACAUCGACACCUAUGUGCGGGCCCGGAUUUCUACGAAACGUUCGCCCGACCUCGCUUCAAGUUCAAUUCCAAAUUUAAUUGUGCGUCGUGCCUCCGGCCUUUUUAUGUGGGCGUUUCUCGUAGUGAAGCAGGUCCUGGCCCUUGAUCGAAAGGGCGAGACCCUAGAGAGGAUCGAAGAAGAAAUCUACAAGCUCCCCCAGAGCCUCCAUGAAUUAUAUCGGGACCUCAUUCGGAAUAUGAACUUGGACUCUCUGAAGCUGAUCGAAUGGAUCUGCUUUGCCACCCGGCCGCUGACAUUAGACGAGCUCCGGUGGGCCUUGGUUAUCGGCGCUGAGGAUAAUUGCAGGUACAAGCAACUAAAGGCAUACCGGAACUCACGGCGUUUCCUAUCCAACAAUGCCAGGAUAAAGAAACAAGUCGAGACGCUCAGCUGCGGUCUUGCCGAAGUUGUUGCCUCGUCUGCAGCUUUGGAUUUGGAUCAGAAUAAUUACGAGUGCAGAUAUAUCGAUGCGAAAGAUGAGUAUGGCGGGACGCCACUAUUCCGGGCUUCCGAAAACGGCCACGAGGCUGUCGUCACGCUGCUCCUCGCCACGGGCAAGGUCGAUGUUGACGUGAAUGACUUUGGCCGGACACCACUAUUCCGGGCUUCUGAAAAUGGCCACGAGGCUGUUGUCAGGCUGCUCCUCGCCACAGGCAAGGUCGAUGUUGAUGUGAAGGAUGAGAAUGGCCGGACGCCACUAUUCCGGGCUUCUGAAAAUGGCCACAAGGCUGUUGUCAGGCUGCUCCUCGCCACAGGCAAGGUCGAUGUUGAUGUGAAGGAUGAGAAUGGCCGGACGCCACUAUUCGGGGCUUCCGAAAAUGGCCACAAGGCUAUUGUCAGGCUGCUCCUCGCUACAGGCAAGGUCGAUGUCGAUGUGGAGGAUGACUUUAGCCAGACGCCACUAAUCCGGGCUUCUGAAAAUGGCCACGAGGCUGUCGUCAGGCUGCUCCUCGCCACAGGCAAGGUCGAUGUUGAUGUGAAGGAUGAGAAUGGCCGGACGCCACUAUUCCGGGCUUCCGAAAACGGCCAUGAGGCUAUCGUUAGGCUACUCCUCGCCACGGGCAAGGUCGAUGUCGAUGUGAAUGUCUUUGGCCAGACACCACUAUCAUUAGCUUCCGAAAAUGGCCACGAGGCUGUUAUCAGGCUGCUCCUCGCUACAGGCAAGGUCGAUGUCAAUGUGAAGGAUGAGAAUGGCCAGACACCACUAUUCCGGGCUUCUAAAAACGGCCAUGAGGCUAUCGUCAGGCUGCUCCUCGCCACAGGCACGGUCGAUGUCGAUGUGAAUGUCUUUGGCCAGACACCACUAUCAUUAGCUUCCGAAAAUGGCCACGAGGCUGUUAUCAGGCUGCUCCUCGCCACAGGCAAGGUCAAUGUCAAUGUGAAUGUCUUUGGCCAGACACCACUAUCAUUAGCUUCCAAAAAUGGCCAUAAAGCUGUCGUCAGGCUGCUCCUCGCUACGGGCAAGGUCGAUGUUGACGUGAAUGACUUUGGCCGGACACCACUAUUCCGGGCUUCCGAAAACAGCCACGAGGCUGUCGUCAGGCUGCUCCUCGCUACAGGCAGGGUCGAUAUCCAUGUGGAGGAUGAUGGGUACCGCUGA